CAUGGCUUUUCAAAUAAUCCGGUACUCACUGUUUGUUCCCAACUUCACAUACAUACUAAGAUGCAGCCCCAUUUUCAAAAACAAAACAAUCCUUUCAGACAUAGACAACCUAAUACAAAAUUCACUCAGUAAAAUAUUAAACCUACCAUUCAGAGACCGCGACUGGCUCCAGGCCUCUCUACCCAUCCGUUUCGGCGGCAUCGGUGUCAGAAAGGUGUCGGACGUAGCCCUACCCGCCUUCUUGUCUUCAACCCACAGCACACUGGCCUUGUAUAAUAAAAUUAUUCACCCAUCCUUGGGUGUUUCUGAGGUCUCGUGCUGUGGUGAAGCCAAGGAGGCAUGGCAAUCGAUCUGCCCUGGUGAGGCACUGCCCGAAAACCCGCACUCGCAGCGUCUGUGGGACGAGCCCAAAUGCCUGUCUACAGGAAGGCACCUGCUCGAGACGAGCCCCAACAACACAGAGAGGGCAAGACUCCUGGCGACGGCAGAACGCGAGUCAGGCCUCUGGCUCCAUGCCCUGCCCUCGCCGAAUGUGGGAACCUUCCUCGACGACAGGUCUUUCCAGACGGCGAUCGGCCUUCGGCUUGGCAUGAAAAUUGUCCAGCCCCAUCACUGCCCGUGCGGAGCGGAGGUCAGCCAACUUGGCCACCAUGGCCUCUCGUGCAGACGCAGUGCCGGCCGCCUGUCCCGCCACGCCGCACUGAACGACAUCCUGCGCCGGGCCCUUGUGUCAGUCAACACCCCGGCGGUGCUGGAACCUGCCGGUGUCAUCCGCGACGACGGAAAGAGGCCCGACGGGAUGUCGCUCAUUCCCUGGGCACACGGGAGGCCGCUAGUGUGGGAUGCCACUUGCGUCGACACACUGGCGGCGUCACACGUCCCACACACAUCCAGGGCGGCGGGAGCGGCGGCUGGUACUGCUGAAAACCUGAAAGGGGAGAAAUACAGGUCGCUCGACAGCACAUACCUUUUUCUCCCGUUUGGCGUCGAAACGAUGGGGCCAUGGGGUCCGGAUGCCAAAAGUUUGGUUAAAGAGAUCUCUUCCCGGCUCGCAGACGUCUCAGGGGACAAACGAGCCGGGGCGUACCUCCGCCAGCGCCUGAGUCUGGCGAUCCAGCGGGGCAAUGUCGCCAGCGUGUUGGGAACCCUCCCACAGGGACCAGGCUUAGAAGGUCUCUUCUACAUAUAGUUUUAGUUAUGUACAUAGGUUUAGUUUGUAUAAUAUAUAGGUAGUUUAGUUUGUAAUUGUAAAUUAUAUGAAUU